CGCUGGCGGCGGGGGCCGCGAUCGGGGCGGCGGCGGCGGCCGCGCUGGGGGAGGGGAGGGGAGGGUGCGCGGAACCCCUGGGCCGCACGUCCCGCCCGUGGCGCUGCCCCCGCCCCGCGCCGCCGGGAACCGCAGUGCGGAAUCUGCCGCGCCGAACCCGCCGCGCCGUGCGCGCUCCCGCGGGCCGGCGGAAAGAUGGCGUCGGUGUGGGAUGAGUCGGAGGACGGUGUCGGCGAGGAGGUGCUGAAGAUGUCCACGGAGGAGAUCGUGCAGCGCACCCGCCUCCUCGACAGCGAGAUCAAGAUCAUGAAGAGUGAGGUACUGAGAGUGACCCACGAGCUCCAGGCCAUGAAAGACAAGAUCAAAGAAAACAGUGAAAAGAUCAAAGUGAACAAAACCCUGCCAUACCUUGUCUCCAAUGUUAUUGAGCUGCUGGAUGUUGACCCAAAUGACCAGGAGGAGGAUGGAGCAAACAUUGACCUGGAUUCCCAGAGAAAGGGCAAGUGUGCUGUGAUCAAGACCUCUACACGUCAGACAUAUUUCCUGCCUGUUAUUGGGUUAGUUGAUGCUGAGAAGUUGAAGCCUGGAGAUCUAGUGGGGGUGAACAAAGACUCUUACUUGAUCCUGGAGACUCUGCCUACUGAGUAUGAUUCACGGGUGAAGGCCAUGGAGGUGGAUGAGAGGCCCACUGAGCAGUACAGUGACAUCGGGGGGCUGGAUAAACAAAUCCAAGAGCUCGUGGAGGCCAUUGUCCUGCCAAUGAAUCAUAAGGAGAAAUUUGAAAAUUUGGGUAUACAGCCACCCAAAGGAGUCCUUAUGUAUGGGCCUCCAGGAACAGGGAAGACACUUCUAGCUCGAGCAUGUGCUGCCCAGACCAAGGCCACGUUCCUGAAGCUGGCAGGUCCACAACUUGUGCAGAUGUUCAUUGGCGAUGGAGCAAAGCUGGUACGCGAUGCUUUUGCUCUCGCGAAGGAAAAAGCUCCUUCCAUCAUCUUUAUUGAUGAACUGGAUGCCAUUGGCACUAAAAGGUUUGAUAGUGAGAAGGCCGGUGACCGGGAGGUGCAGAGGACCAUGCUGGAGCUGCUUAAUCAACUCGAUGGUUUCCAGCCCAACACACAAGUCAAGGUGAUCGCUGCAACCAACCGGGUUGAUAUCUUGGACCCAGCUUUGCUCCGCUCUGGACGAUUAGAUCGGAAGAUUGAGUUCCCAAUGCCUAAUGAAGAGGCCAGAGCCAGAAUUAUGCAGAUUCAUUCACGCAAAAUGAAUGUCAGCCCUGACGUGAACUAUGAGGAACUGGCUCGCUGCACAGAUGAUUUCAAUGGAGCCCAGUGCAAGGCUGUGUGUGUCGAAGCGGGGAUGAUUGCCCUCCGCCGUGGAGCUACAGAGCUCACCCACGAGGACUACAUGGAAGGAAUCCUGGAGGUUCAAGCAAAGAAAAAAGCCAAUCUGCAGUACUAUGCCUGAUCCCUGCCCAGUCAAGGUUGUGGCCUUGGCAGAGGACAUGAAUAGACUGGACUGUAACACUUAUUUUCUGUCUGGAAAAAAUAAAAGCAUUUUUUCCCUUUAAAAACAAAUCUGUGAUGUGUUGGGGCUGUCGCCCUUGCUCGGUGGUUCUACAUCUGUGUGAAGGCAGGCUAAAAGCCUCCUGUGCACUGUGCCCACCAUGCUGCCUUUGGACCCUCCUCCAACUAGCACUGGAUUAAACACUGCUCUGAUACUUCCUCAUGAGGACCAGGAGACCAUACUGCAGUAAGUGUUCUGUGACAUUGAUGACCUGCAGCUCAGACAGCAUCCCGGUUCUUGCCUGCGCAGCCAGUGAACAGCCUGCAGCAUGGUUAGAGUUUGAAACUUUUGAACACUCACUUUGCAAGGGUGAACAUAAUUCACACAUGAAUGAUGUUUUAACUUUGUCACGUGAACUUAACUCUUGAAGCUUUAACACUGUUGCUGGUAUGUGUGUGUGAGCUCUCUGGGGAAUCAGUCAGGUCAUUAGUCAUGAAGAAUUCGAGGUUUCAUCCAUCAAGCAAGUCUUUCAGUACUUUUAAUGCCAGUUGAGAAUUACAACUUCCAUUUAAAAAUUACACUUUUCAUAAAUACACUGACUUUAGCAUUAAGUAUCUUACAUGCCACUGUAUUGUAUUUUAAAUACAAUGUAAACAUCUCCAAAUGCUGGCCA